AUGGUGGAGGAGGGCGCAGAAGGGGUAGAAGCCGAUGCGGUACGCGCAAUGGAGCUUUAUGAGCUUGCAAUAUCGAAGGGCAGGAACGGCAUUGCGAUGUACAACCUAGGUUGUUUGUUGGAGACCGGAGGGGAGGGGGUCGAGAAGGAUGCGGUACGAGCCAAGGAGUUGUUCGAGCGUGCAAUCAAUGAGCAUGAUUUUGUCCCGGCGAUGAACGAGCUAGGACUGAUGGUGGAGGAGGGCGCAGAAGGGGUAGAAGCCGAUGCGGUACGCGCAAUGGAGCUUUAUGAGCUUGCAAUAUCGAAGGGCAGGAACGGCAUUGCGAUGUACAACCUAGGUUGUUUGUUGGAGAAGGGAGGGGAGGGGGUCGAGAAGGAUGCGGUACGAGCCGCGACGUGUUGGAUAAAGAGGAGGAAAAGGAAAUCGAGGGAAAGGAAGACGUUCGUGUUGGAUAAAGAGGAGGGCGCAGAAGGAGUAGAAGCCGAUGCGGUACGCGCAAUGGAGCUUUAUGAGCUUGCAAUAUCGAAGGGCAGGAACGGCAUUGCGAUGUACAAUCUUGGUAUCUUGCUGAGAGACGGGGCAAAGGGUUUGGAUUGCAAUUUGGUGCGCGCAGCUGAGCUGUUUAAGAUGUCCAUUGAAGAGAGCAACGAUACAGACGCAAUGGUGGAACUCGGAAAUCUGUUACGCGAUGGAGCGGAAGGAGUCCAGCGGGAUACAGAUCGUGCAUGCAGAUUGUACGAGAGGGCCAUCAAAGAGGACAACCAUUCCGAGGCUGUAGAGAAUCUUGCUGCGCUGCGCGAUGCCGAGAUAAAUGAGGUCACAGAAGACGGAGAUUGAACGAUUUCAGAAGUCAGCAAGAGCACUCUCCCGAACGGAGAUGGCGGGUGCCGUCGGGGAGAGCAGAAGGGAAACCCCGAGGCUCAAGGCGAGUUUCCCUUCGUUAAGAUCCCUGUAGAAGAUGGGAUAAAGACGUGGUUCCUACCGUCCGGUAGCGACGGGUAGAUCGCCGAUGCUGAGUUCAACUCCUUUAUCGGGACAAUGAACUUAGAGGCAGCGGCCGGCGCUAGGGCGCCCGCCUCAGGCUGCACCCGGAACGGCGAACGGAAUCAGGACUUGUCGAGGUGGCGCAACGGAGGAGUCCUUUUGCUCUUGCCCCGACGCCGCUUUAGCUUUCAACACUCAUUUGACCUGUUGUGGUUGGUCGCUGGUGCCAUCCACGGGCAUCCCCGACAACCCGUGACGCACCACAAGGACAGACUGUCCGCAUUACAGUCUGUCAUCCGCGGUACUUAGACCCACGGGACGGCGACGACGAGUAAAGACGACCCCAUGAGAAUU